UUUAUGUACGGCUCGAGUUCAGUGCCGCUCAAAUGAUUCCCAGCGAUGGACGUGUCGAUCGUUUUAUCGCAGUUUCGUCUGCGCCAGCACACGCCGGGCAACUAGUUUUUGUAGACGCUGGGAAUAUGGUUUUAUGGUUGCAUCACGCGAAAGCAUUCAAUCAGGGACGUCAAGACCGAAACGUAUCAGGGUACGAUAACGGCCGGACUGGAAUACAACUCGCCACACAAUGUUGGAUCCGAAAAAUGUUCCGGCUGGAACGAGCAACAGUGGUGAUAAGGAAAAAGAUGUCAUCGGUGAUACUCCUGCAACGAAGCCAAUCAUACUCUUGCCGAAGAAACGUCCCUACGGUGGGCUGCAAAUCGAACCAGAAGAAAAGCAGAUCACGCCAAUCAUGAAAAUCGUUGAGAAACAAACAAAGGAAGUGAAGGAAGUGACUGCUAGCUCACAAACCGAACCAUUACGCAAUCAAAGUGAGGUUACUGAUAAGAAGUCGCAAGAACCCGAACUCGCGGCUUUUGAUAAGCCAAACGUGAAGCCGGCACGCGAGACUAGGAAAAAGCAGUCUCAGAAAGCAUCGAAGUCGGAACCGUCGACAUCGCAGCCAUCGACGUCGCAAGCAUCGACAUCGAAAGCAUCGACAUCAAAAGCAUCGACAUCAAGAGCAUCGACAUCAAAAGCAUCGACAUCAAAAGCAUCGACAUCAAGAGCAUCGACAUCAAAAGCAUCGACAUCAAAAGCACCAACAACGAAAGCAUCGACAUCAAAAGCAUCGAAAGAGGCUGGCUCAAACUUGAAAUCUGGAAACAAACCAUCUGCUAGCAAGUCUGAAGCGUCCAGCAGCACCGAAAACAGAAUCAACGAUAGCCAUUUCUGGGUUGACACGGUAAUGAGUAAGUUUCGAUCUAACGAUUAUAAAAACCUACUAAGAGAGUCCAGUUUUACUGAAUCACAGGCCGAUGCAUUACAAAAUUUUUUCUACAAAUCAUGUCGGAAACUCUAUAACGUAUCGGUAAACAGCAAUCGUGUUAUGAGAAAGCACAAGUGUCAGGACUGUCCGUUCUCGAUAGAACAUCAGUGCGUCUCUAUUAAUUUUUUACAUGUAGGCUUGGCGAACAGUAACGUGGAGCCUACAACUUUCAUCGCACCUGAAACAAUAAUCAUCUGCCUCUGUCAGUUUGCUUUCUUUCACGAUCACAUUACUAGACCAUCGUGUUCCAAGACGGACACCGAGGGCCCAAAACUUACUCCGGAUCCUGUAAGAGAAAGUCGUGACACGCGCUUGCGUUGUGACUUGUGCGACACGAUCUUAAUAAUCAAACAUUCGCUCGUUGGAAACACGGACUGCAUGUUGACAAGGUGGAGUGGUGUUAACAGCAGCAAUGAAAAAAAGUUCCAUGCGCAUCUUGUCGAUUAUUUGAAACCAUUCACGAAGAGGAGGCUAUCUUUGGAAGAGUUGUACACUUGUAACUACAACUGCUGCCUAUUUUUCCAUCGCUGUAACGAAUAAAGUUUCAAAUCAAAUCGUGAUUCUUCCUGCUGUCAACGUGGUUACAGCAUCACAGUAUCAGGCAAGUAUAGUGUAUGCACGUUAUAUGAAUUUUCGAUUUCAAUCUUCUUGUGUUAAAUAUGAAAAGAAGCACGUAUGAAACAGUAUUGGCAGAAUAUUUUUGUAAUGUAGCGAUUCUUGUAUCGGUUUGACUCUAGUCUAGUAUUCACUUUGAAAUGCUACGGUCAUGCAGUGUUGUAAUCUUUGUAUUAACCACCAAAUGAAGUAACGAAUACUCUCUACACCGCCUUCCGCGGUGAUUAUUGAAUUACGGUAGAAAAAUUGCUUAUUAAUAGUUGUUUGUAUAGACGUGUAAGUGUUUUAAAAAUGUGUUUGUGGUAGUAUAUUAAUAAAUGCUUUGAUUGAUAUCCAUUUCGUUUCUGUUCAGUAGGUGAGCGUACUCUAAAUGAAAAGAAGUAAGACGUGUAUGAAGCAAGCCAAGUAAACGAACAGUUAGUAAAUCUCAAUAUAAUAUGUGGCAACAUAUUUUUGACAAAAUCAUUACCAGUUCUCUAGACCAAUGCACAGAUUAUAAAAGAAUACAUUUCAAUUUUUAAUUCGUUGUAGAUCGUUGUUUUUCUAAUCCUUCGUUUGUUCAUCUUAUUAUUUUUACAUUCUGUUGUUAUUAUACAAUACAUAUAUAUGAGCUUUUGUGCAAAAUUAUUUGCUUCUAAGUCCAAUAGCUGCGUUGACAGUGAUCGAAUCGGUUUCACUAAGAAUAAUAUACACAGUAAUUAAUAAGGUCUUCGUUUUACCAGCAUAUUUCUUUUAUACAUUUAUUAGUUGAUCGCCCCGGUUCUGCUUGUAGCUGCUUCUUGGGCUAUAAGAGGUGCAGCUAAUGCGAUAAAAUUCAUGAAGUCCCAGUUAGUGUACAUAAUUCAAUACAUUUAAAUAGACUAUAGGUUAAUGUUUAAAUACUACAAUAAAAUCUAGAUAGUAGAUACUACACCCCUAAUAACAUUUAUAAGAGAUUCAACCCAAUCUUUUCCAUAUUCCUAAAACGAUGCAAAUCGUACACACGAAUAACGAAAACCCAAAAGAAACAGUUUGUAUGUAAAUGUAUAUCGGGCUCUCGAAUUUUACUCUGGCAAUAUUAUCUAAAUAAUGUUAAAUGUUGCUAGUGUAAUGAAAGGAUGGGACGGCCACCUCGUUUGUGUUGCCAGACGUUUUUUAACAUAACGAAUUGUAUUUACUAAAAUGUUUUAUUUGUUAGCUUUUGGACUAUUCGGUUUCACUAAGAAUGAGGUUUUAUCAUUUUUUAUGGCUUAAAUAAUGGCGUAAAUUACUCCUAGUUCAAAUCAUUAUGAAACGAAUAUGAAUUUGUUUAUUUUGACAGAUGGUUAUUAAUUUUUUCAUGACAUUUCUACGAUUAGUUUUUUGCCACAUUUGAGCCCAUUGUUUAUAACGAUUACAUGGUAUAUUUAUAUGUGGAAGUAUAGAAAAUUCAGAAAAAUACUAAGUACUCAUUUAAUCAAAUACAUUUUCAACAAUAUAACAAUAUACUUUGCUUUUAUUAGUUACUCUUGCAAACCGUUAGCAAAUUCUUUUAAAAUGGCUAUUCAAAACUGAUCGUAGCGACUUGCUUGAAAAAUAAAACGUCUAUAUUGAGGUUGCAUUUGUCGAAGCGAACUCGGCGAGCCAUCGCUGAGUAAAACUAUUUCUUAUAAUAUCAACGAGUAGUUUAAAGAAAUCUCUUUUGAAAUGCUUGCUUGGCUUUAGGUUUUAGGCGUUUGUUCUAAUUUGUGUUCUAAUACUCAUAUAAAGAUCGCCUCUCUUACUUUAAUUUGUAUUCACUCGAAGACCGAAGAGACAUCAUUGAUCUACUUUUCGUCUCUAAACUUUUUAAUAAUAAAAUUGACUGCCCCCAAUUGCUAACAAGACUCAACAUUCGUGUCCCAGCUAGGUAUCCCCGCUUCAAAAUAACCCCAUUAACUCCUUCUCUCCGCAAAUCCGUCUCCGGGGCCAAUUCCCCAUUACCCAGGCUUUCAAAAAUUGUAAAUAAAUACAGCGAUAAAAUCGACAUCUUCCAUACACUCAACAAGCUCCGUUCUAUAGUCAGGGAAGUUCAAAAAUCAAAAACGUAAAUGAAAUCAUAAUAAAAGUGUUUAAAUGUAAUAAUGUUAUGCAUGUAUUGUACUAAUUUAAGAAAAAGCUCUGUUUCAUUUGUGCAUGCUGUGUUAACCUGUAAUUAUUUGUUACUUUUUCGCAAGAAUAUUUGUUAUAUUAUUUAUACUUAAAAAACACUGUAAACAAAUGUUGGUUGACCAAAUAAAUAAAUAAAAAUGAUUAUUAGGUGUUUAGACUUUUCUAUGUGUGGAUUUAUUGAGUUUAUGGAGAAUAAAUGUAGAAAAUAUA